UCUUCGUCACUUGUGGAUGUGCGUGGCUGCUCCUGCGUCGUGCAUUUCCCCGUUAACUGGCUUAGCCUUCUCUGCCCGGUGUAGAUUGAUUCUCGCUUUCACUGCAUAUACUUCUUCUGUAGUGACUCAAUUCUCAGUCACUUCAGUUCAACGCUUCAAGAGCGAUUCCAAAAGGAGCAUAAGUUGAUGCUGUCUCCUCCAAGUUAUGCACUCUUCAUGUCAGUGUAGAUUGCUGAAUGAGUUCCCAUGCCUUUACUGGAGAUCGCAAAUGCGCAGCCCUACUUCCACUAUACUUCGUGUUCACUCCGAGCUCAAAAGCCUCUUCAUGGUAAAAUAGCAUCAAUUUCGUUUACAUAUGGUAAAGAGCUGAGGCUUCCUUGUGCUUGGAAAUCUUUGGAAAAGUUUAAAAAGGUGAGAUUCAAUGAGGGACGUCGUGAGUGGUCGAGGGGCAGACUGUUGAUUAAAGCAGUUGCUACUCUUGAACCAAAGAGAUUGGCUGCAGAUGAAGAUAAAUGUUUGAGUUUUAAGGACUCAGAUGCGGGUGUAAAUUCUAACCGGCCUGUAGUUCGGCAUGACUCUUGUAAUGAGGAGCCAGAAGAACUUGAUGAGAAGGAGAAGAUGAGAAGAAUGAGAAUUUCAAAAGCAAAUUCAGGAAACACACCAUGGAACAAAGGCAGGAAGCAUAGUCCUGAAACUUUACAGAAAAUCAGGGAAAGGACCAGGCUGGCUAUGCAGAACCCAAAGGUCCGAAUGAAGUUGGUUGAUCUUGGACACGCACAAACCAUGGCAACAAGACAGAAGAUUGGCAUUGGAGUGAGAAAGGGUUGGGAAAGAAGGAUGGCAAAAAGGAUGGUGCAGGAAGCUUGUAUCUUUGAGUGGCAGAAUUUAAUUGCAGAAGCUUCUAGACAGGGCUUUGUUGGCGAGGAAGAGAUGCAAUGGAAAUCUUAUGAAACUCUGAAUGAACAGCUGCAGCAGGAGUGGCUCGAGAGUAUUGAACAAAGGAAAAUUAUGCAAAGGGCACCUCAUAGUAAAAGAGCACCCAAAUCUCUUGAGCAGAGAAGGAAGAUUGCUGAAGCCAUCUCUGCAAAAUGGGCCGAUCCCGAAUACCGUCAAAGAGUUUGCUCUGCAUUGGCCAAGUAUCAUGGUACUUCUGAUAAAACUGAAAGGAAACCAAGGAGAAAGCCAAGCGAUGGUACAGAAUCCCCUAGGAGGAACUCUGUAAAGAAAAGUUCUAGUGAAACUAGAAGUUUUGCCAAGAGUAAUGAGAGAGUUCUUACUCAAAAGCUGCGAAGAAGAAAAUCUCCUGUUUACAAGGAUCCUUUAGCGAGUUUUAAGUUUGACAUGAUAAUGAACAUCAGAGCACAAAGAGCUGCUGCAGAAACCAAACAGACUGAGGCCGUUGAACGCGCAAGACUAUUAAUUGCUGAAGCUGAGAAGGCUGCCAACGCGCUUGAGGUUGCUGCAACCAAGAGUCCUAUUGCACAAGCUUCCCUCAUAGAAACCAGAAAGCUUAUAAAUGAAGCUAUUCAAUCACUUGAAUCCAUUGAAACACAACUUGCAACUGAGAGUACUGUUUCUUCUUCUGGUUCCUUGAGCGAGAUUGAUCGGGGAGAAGGUGCAACACUGGAGACUUCAAACCAAUCAGAUACUGGCCCAGUAAAUGGGCACAAAGCAUUACCAUCAAGUGAUUACAAGUUACCUGAUGGCAAAUUUCCCCUGCAUGAGUUAAUUAAUGGUGAUCUAAAGCUUCACCUUUCAACCACCAACGAUAUUGCCUCCUCUGCUUUGAGUUUUGAAAGUGAAUCGGAUUCAACAAAUCAACCAAAGGAAACCCUACAAGACCCGGGCAUGGAGCACAAGGCAGACCCAUCUCCUCCAGGGAUGGAAAUUCAAUCUGUUAAAGAUGAAACGCCCUCAAAAUCACUUACUGUAACUAAGAAGUGGGUUCGUGGAAGACUGGUCGAAGUAGUUGAAGAAACUCAUUAGAAAUGAUAUAAAGAUUAGUUCAGUUUUAAACGCUAUGAUAGAUACCACAAUUCAUUAAUUUUCAUUGUCAUCAUUAUUUUCUUACU